UUGUCGCGUCGAAAUGGUCCUCGCGUCACCCUAAAGGGCGCGCGCUCCACAGACAGGUGCGCGUGCCGCCCGCGGUGCACAGCGUGGCCCUCCGUCUGCCCGUCGGAGAAGUGACGUGUGCCUGCGGCUUGUCUGGUGACGUGUCUCUCCGGCUCCCUCUUUCCUCUCGCAGCGGCUGAUGGAGCCACACUGACUCCUCUGUGCACUCGAACUGUUAACAGCCACACAGCAGGAGUCGCUCCGAGGACACCAUGGGGAUAAAAUUUUUGGAAGUCAUCAAGCCUUUCUGCGCAGUCCUGCCAGAGAUUCAGAAACCAGAAAGAAAGAUUCAGUUCAGGGAAAAAGUACUAUGGACCGCCAUCACGUUAUUCAUCUUCCUGGUGUGCUGCCAGAUCCCACUCUUUGGCAUCAUGUCAUCAGAUUCAGCCGACCCUUUCUACUGGAUGAGAGUCAUCCUGGCCUCCAACAGAGGUACCCUGAUGGAGCUCGGGAUCUCGCCAAUCGUCACCUCAGGCCUGAUCAUGCAGCUGCUGGCUGGCGCCAAGAUCAUCGAAGUCGGUGACACUCCUAAAGACAGAGCUCUGUUCAACGGAGCUCAGAAACUGUUUGGAAUGAUCAUCACCAUUGGACAGGCCAUCGUAUACGUCAUGACCGGCAUGUAUGGAGACCCUUCAGAGAUGGGUGCUGGCAUAUGCCUGCUGAUCAUCAUUCAGCUCUUUGUUGCAGGUCUGAUAGUGCUGCUCCUGGAUGAGCUUCUCCAGAAGGGCUAUGGUCUAGGAUCUGGUAUCUCUCUCUUCAUUGCGACCAAUAUCUGUGAAACCAUUGUCUGGAAGGCCUUCAGCCCUACUACUGUCAACACCGGCAGAGGCACUGAGUUUGAGGGAGCCAUCAUCGCUCUGUUCCAUCUGCUGGCCACCCGCUCAGACAAAGUGCGCGCCCUAAGGGAAGCUUUCUACAGACAAAACCUGCCUAACCUCAUGAACCUCAUCGCCACCGUCUUCGUGUUUGCUGUGGUGAUAUACUUCCAGGGCUUCAGAGUGGACCUGCCUAUCAAGUCGGCUCGCUACCGCGGCCAAUACAACACCUACCCCAUCAAACUCUUCUACACCUCCAACAUCCCCAUCAUCCUGCAGUCUGCCUUAGUGUCCAAUCUGUACGUGAUUUCCCAGAUGCUGUCGACGCGUUUCAGCGGCAACUUCCUGGUCAAUCUCCUCGGAACCUGGUCUGACACUUCAACUGGGGGACCAGCUCGGGCCUACCCGGUGGGCGGUCUCUGCUACUACCUUUCUCCUCCGGAGUCGUUUGGUUCUGUCCUGGAUGACCCAGUGCACGCCGUCAUCUACAUCGUCUUCAUGCUGGGCUCUUGUGCCUUCUUCUCAAAGACCUGGAUCGAGGUGUCGGGAUCUUCAGCCAAAGACGUGGCAAAGCAGCUGAAGGAGCAGCAGAUGGUGAUGAGGGGACACAGGGAGACCUCCAUGGUCCAUGAACUUAACAGGUAUAUCCCCACAGCUGCUGCAUUUGGAGGGCUCUGUAUAGGAGGGCUGUCUGUCAUGGCCGACUUCCUGGGAGCCAUCGGAUCUGGGACAGGAAUCCUCCUGGCCGUCACCAUUAUCUACCAGUACUUUGAGAUCUUUGUGAAAGAGCAGAGCGAAGUGGGCAGUAUGGGAGCGCUGCUUUUCUAAUAUCAAAUAUGCCAAUCUCCUGACACCCACGAGAUACAAAGAAUCCACCAAUUCUUUUUUUUUUUAUUUUGCAAAUUUUUUUGUUGCGACCUCCUCCUAUCAGUGUAUUUCACAGCAGGGAUAAGUCUGUAUUUUUUUUUUUUUUUUUUAACUCCACCAUUUUUGCUUUCCACCAUACAGCUCCAGCUUAAGAAAAGUGUUUUGGUUACUUUCAGGGUUAAGCAUAGUAUUGGUUAUCAUCAAUCUUUUUUUUUUUUUUUCUGUCGAGGUCUCUGCAGGCUGCCUGAAUCACCCUCUGGCUGCCUUACCGGCCUAAAAACGCUUAAAAGCACACUGUUGUGAGUGGCUGUCUUUGACUUACCUCAGGCAUUUUUCAUUGUAGGCGUUAUAAGGAACACUAAGACAGCAACAGCAUGUGAAUCCUGAUCUCAAGCUGAAAGCCUUGUGUGUGUGGACAUUUUUUUGGGGGGGGGGAGGGGAGCCGCUAGAAAGCCAUGCCAUGUAAACCACCCGUCAACCAUGUCUGAGGUUCCAAAAAAGCCCGGAGUCCAGGAUGUGGAAAGCAUACCGAGAAUAUGCUGGUACUCCUCAUAAGUGUCUCCGGUUAUCUCAGACAAACUUAUUUGUAACGUUCAUUUUACUUUUUUUUUUUUUCUUUUUUUUUUUAAAUCACAGACUGUUUAUAUCGGCACCCGUCUUUACGCUGGGUACAGCGUCUGUCCACUGGCCCUGGGCCCUCAGCAGAACUCGUUUGUGUCAUCAUGCUCUUUUAUUCCCAGACUGAUUCGCUGCUGAAAAACUGCCGGGAUGGUCGGGAUGAGGGUGGGUUUGAUAGGGCUAAGAAAGGGGUUCAUUUUUGUUUUUACCUUAUGUAAGACAUAAUUGUGUUAUUAAAAAAACAAAAAAGAAUGUUUUCCAACA